AUGACAAGAAUCCGGACACACGAGUCACUGGAAUGGAACCUGCGAUACCAGAAGACGUCUCACAGUACUUUAUCGGAAAGCAUGAGGUACAAGAAUGUCUUAAAGGGCAAAGUGAGUCAGAUCUACACACACACAAGAUAAACUGUAAGAAAAAUCCUGGCCAUACAGGGUUUAUUCCUGCAAAAAAGUUUAGAAAAGAACAUCUUCCUCCCGGUUACCAGGACAGUGACGUUUAUGACGUAGUUAAUGGUGAAAUGUAUGUGACAGUAAGGAUAACCGUAAAGUUCACCAGUCCACACAGACCAAAGUUUGUAGUAGGUACUCAAGACCCAUAUCCUUGCUACAGCAGCAGAGGGAAAAGAUUACUGAGGACAGGGACUGGAAAAGUAGAUAGUGUUUACUACGAUAAAGAAGGAGUUAACAAAUGCCCAUGUCCUGAAUGUGAAACCUCGAUCAAACCAAAAAAAAAAUUUGCCCACAUUCGUGUACUAACUGCCAGACAUGUAAUAUAUGAUUCAAGUGAGGCGAGCCGGGCCAGCUGUAGGUUGUGGUUUGAUGAUGACCAAAGUCCAGUAGUCAACAUUUAUGGGUGGAAGGCGCAUGGCUCCUCCCCUACUGACCAAGAUUGGACUAUCUUGGUUUGUUUGACUCAUGACUUAGAAAUACCUGAAAAACUUUUAAAUGUGAUUAGGAGAUUUAGAGAUGUGUGGCUUAAAGCAAACGAAAAAUAUGAAAGUCGUGUUGAGGUGGACAAGCUGGCAAUCAUAGUGUCACAUCCUCAUGGCUGUUCUAAGCAGGUCUCUGUAGGUCGCUGGGUACACAGACAAGAGAUUGGUAGAUACUCGAGAUACACGUACACAGCGUGUACAUGCCCUGGGAGCAGUGGCGCACCAGUCUACAAGCUAGGGCGGACUGACCAUCCCCACAGUGGGGCCCAUGCCAGUGGAUCUAACUACAGUACAGCUAUGAUUGACAUGGAUUAUAGCUGUGGGGGAGAGGAUCUAAACGAAAAGCGAAUGAGGGAGCACAAAGCUUCAAUGGAUGGCUUCCUCCCAUAUUAGGCCAUUUUACAGUCAAGGCAUAUUUUUUUUAAACUUUAGAAACAACUUAUU